AAACUCAAGAAGAAAAUCGACAGUGUGAGCACGGAUGCUAGCACCUCGUCGGCGACAACAGCUACCACAACCGCAGGCGCCGAGACCGUCUUCAACUUCGAAGAGCAGGACCAGGCCGGUUUCAACAACCUCAACAAUCACUCUGGGAGCGGUGGGGCCAACAACAAGAACGCAAACAGCGGGGCCGCCAACAACAACAACAACAGCAACCUCAACGGCGGCGGCGGAGGAAGCGGUGGCAGUGGGGGCGGCGGUGGUGGAGGUGGAGGGGGUAGUAAGCUCAACGCCGGUCUGCCCAGCCUCUCGGUUCAGAUCGUGCAGCAGAUCAGCUCGCACCCCCAGCAGGAUACGUCACAGACCAUACACACCAAUGUUACAGUGAGCUCGCGCUACGGGAAUUCCAACUCGCCCAACGCCGGCGGUGCGAGCCACAGCGUGCACACGAGCGUGCAGUGUAAGCAGGAGCCCUCUGAGGAAACUGCCGGGAACUGCGCCAACAACGGCAACAAUCCGCGCGCCUCGGCGGCCACGCCGACUUCUUCCUCGACCAACUCGAAUCUGCCCACCUCCUCACAGGUGGACCCAGGCUCCGUCGGAGACAUUGGCAUCGGUAUAGACGAUGUGGACGAGCUUCAGAACAUUCUAGACAGCAUCGAAAAGGAUGAGGACAUUGAACCUUCCCUGCUCAAGGAACUUGACGAAUUCAAAAAAAUUUACGACAAAGUGCAGCGUGAUUCUGAGAGCAACGAGUCGAGCGGCAUGUACGGACCUCUAGCCUGCGGUUCUCCAGGACUCGGGAAGGGCGUCUUCCCCAACCUGGGUCCAGGGGGCGCCAUGAGCUCCAUGUUCGACAGUAACCAGAACAUGAGCGGGGGCGGUCUGCCCACGCCCACCAUCCCUGUCCCGCCCGCCAUCCAGGAGCCCACGGGCCCGGCGGCGGAGACGUUAAAGCAGAUGGCGGCCCAGCACCAGCACCAGCACAGCCCCGCCUACCCGGGCAAGCCCAUGGACUUUGACGGGCUCCGUAACGGCGGUUUCCCGCCCAACUAUUCGCAACUGUACCGCUCAGUGGGCGGGCCGGGCUCUGGGUUCCCCCAGUACGGGCAGGCCCCCGGCGGUCACCUCGGAGCGGGGGCGGACUCUGGUCAGAUGACCCCGGAGAUGGCGGCCGCGCUGGCGUACGGCACCACCAAGCCGCUCACGCACUACAGCUCGGAGCAGCAGCGCCAGCAGCAGCUCACGCCGCCGUCCUCCUCCUCUCUGCAGCAGCUGCAAAACCAGGUGCAGAGCCACUUCAAGCCGUCGUCCGCGCCGGCGCCCCACGCGCUUCAGAUCACGCAGUCGCAGCACGUGCAGGUGUCUCACGGGCCGCACCACAGCAUGCAGAUGUCGCAGACGCAACAGUUACAGAUGCAGCAGCCUGCCCCCACCGCGGCAGCCCAGCACAUCUCCAUGUCCCAGCAACAGAACUUCACCAUGGGGCAGCAGCACAUGGUCUCGGAGCAGAUGAAGAUGCAGAUGAUGGAGAAGAUGCGGAUGGAGCAACAGCAGCAGCAACAGCAGCACCAACAACAACAGCAAGCGGCUGCCCAGCAGCAAGGACGCAUGCCCCCUCAGUAUAUGGGUCGGCCACCCCCUGAGUACAAAAUGCACCCGAACGCCAGGCCUCAGGGGCCGUACCCGACGAACGGGGCGAACGGGAACCCCAACCCACUACAGACUAUGCAGAACAUGGUGAACCAGACCACUGCCUAUGGCGCCGUGAAGACGGAGGGCCCUGCCGUGCCCGCCCCGGGCGCCAUGAUGUCACAGUCCACGCAGAUCUCUGCCAUGCAACAGCAGAGCCUGACCGCCGCCUCCAUGGCGACCAACGGGCCCCCGCACAUGGGAAACUUACCUCAGUCCUCACAGCAGGCCAUUCGCCCGGGAUUCCACCCGCAACAGCAACAACAGCAACCUCCUCAGCAGCAGCAACAACAACAACAACAACAACCGCAACAACAACAACAACAGCCUCCGCCGCCGCAGCAGCAGCCGUCAGCUCAGCACUUGCAGCAGCCGCCGGCAUAUUCGUCCGUAGAGUCUUCCUCCCGCGUCCAGUCUUCCUCCUCCUCUUCCACCUACACCAGUGCAAUAAUGCGGAACCAGCGGCCGCCAAACGUCAAUGUAGGACCCGACGGUCUCAUCUCCCAGCCUCGCAAUCACGCCGAGUGGCCGCCGGGCAGCGCCAUGAUGCCGCCAGGUGCAGGUGGAGGCCACGCCCCCAUGAGGCCCGGGAUGGGUGGACCGCCUGGAGGACACGCCAUGGCGCAGACCACCGCAAUGGGGGGUCACAUGAUGCAGUACCAGCAGCACCCACGACCCCCGCACUACGCCGCUGCCGCUAACUCUAGCAGUAUGGCAGCAGCUGCCGCUGCUGCCGCCGCUUCGAACAUGGCGCAGAUGCAGCAGCAACAACAGCAACAGCAACAACAACAACAACAAGUGCGGCCCCCGCCCAUGACUGGCGGGCAGGCUCGAGCGGCGGCGGCGGCCGCUGCGGCAGGUGGAAUGGUCGGUGGCGGUCAGCAGAUGAUGAUGCAACACCAGAGCAUGCAGGUGUCGCAGCAGAUGACCAUGCACGCCUCCGCCGCCGGGUACAGCCUGGGUGGGCCGUCUCCUGGGGCGGGCAUGCACGGGCCGCCACAAGGCGCCACCUCUCAGCAGCCGCCCAACGCCCCCGCCCCCCAACCCGGCGCGUUCCCGCCAGUGCCGCCCACGUCCUCCUCGAGCCAGGACGAGUUCCUUCACUUCCUGGACGCGCCGCUCAGCUCGCAGCCCAUGUUUGACUCCAUACACAAUAGCACUUCGGAAGACUUUAGUCUCUUUGACGACAUCUUCAAUGAGAAGUAGCAAAAAGUGCUAGCUUUUAGGGGCUUUUACGCCAUCGCCCAUAGCUUUAUGCAAACUAUAUCUCGGGUAAAACUAAUUCUCCUGUAGAUUGCUUUGGUAUUGCUGGCUGUCAGCGUGCAAAGAUUCCGCAGGAGGAGGCUGACUCCCUGUCACUGCUCACUUGCCAGCGCACCUGUCCGGUUUACGGUAUAGAGUCUGGCGAUAAAACGUCGAGGCUUUGUACUACGUGUGCAGGCGAGACGUGCGUCACACUUUUGUUUAUUGGCCAGCGACAGGACAACGCCUGGCCAAAAUACCGAUACACAGGAAACAAACUGCGUGAGUCCUGUUGUCUCCCUUUUCACAGCAUAACUGCUCCAGGGUUCAGCUGAUGCUUGUCGUUAGUGCUUCUGACGAUUGCGACACGGCUUCUUGUUACCAUGGGACUGUGUAGAGCGAUUCAUUGUUGCAGAUUGU